GUGAAGGAGAAUCUUAAUGAAUUGGUCCAUUAUGAAAAUCCUUUAUUCAAAGCUAUAUGAAGAAGAUUUUACGAUCAAAAGUGAACGAACAGGACAUGGUUAAUGUUUACAAGAGCUCUUAAUGCUCUGUGCGAGAGGUGAGAUGGAAAGUAAAUCUUGAGCAAGCUCUGACAUGCUGAUGAAGUGUGGACACACCCUGGUGUUAUUCAGGACAGAAAAUGGAGGACAGCUGCAUGCGUUCUGGACCAGCAGCAGAAACAGUGGUUGCUAACGGCACGUCACCUCCGGCCAGUUUUGUUGCAUAAUAAGAAACCCAAGCAUAGUUUAAGACUCUGUAGGAAGUAAACUGCCAGUUCAAGCAACGCUACUGCAGCUGAACUGCUGCUUAGGGAUUUUAGUGAGUGUCUAGCUCAUAAAAUCCAAACCUUCGGGUUUGAAGUUCCCCAAGAAAGCCGAUAAAAAGUUCUUUCAACCAGCUGAGACGAUGGCUCAAACUGGCCCCUAAAACCAUGGCACUGCUCAAAGUGGGCCGCAGCACAGACUGUCAGAGCGCUGAGCCUGGUUUAUUGUCCUCUCUACAUCUCGCAUUGGCUGACUAACCAUCACAGAGGAGCUCCUGUUCAUGCAUCACUGAAACAUACUGGUCUCAAAAGAAUCCAGAUGAUCCUGUGCAGUCCGAUGAGUUUUGCAGUGCUGUGCUGCCUGCUGUGGCUCUCUGCGCCUGCCUUCCUGCGCUCUGAAUUUAAGGUAGCCUAUGUUACCGAGCGCAAUGUGUACAUGUGCACACAGGAUCUGGCCUUCUGUGAGAAGAUGAACUCUAGCGAGUUCAGCAACUGCAAGGAUCAAUCAUCUGUCCUGCACAGGGCUGAGACCCCCAGCCCGCUUCACAAAAAGCAUCUGAGGGUGUGGUACAGCUCGCCUCUUAAUGUGGCCCUCCUGCUGAACAACUCUGAGGUGCAGCACCUGUCGCUGAUUCAGUGUAAGCCCGCUGCCGAGCAGCCCGUCCCGUACGAGUACUUCACAGUGCAGCGCUUGGAGACUCUAACGGUCACCUACCCGUUUGGGCAGCCUGGACAGAGGCUCAUCAUAGGCAAUGCCCCGUACCGCGAGGAGGCGAGGAUCUCUGUCAUUCACACCUCUGUGCUGACUGGGAAAACAGAGCUGAAGUCGUACACAGUCCAAGCCAAAGUGGAUCACAGUGGAAUGAUGCCCUUUCCAAACAUUUUUAUGUCUCGCAACGGGCUUUCGGAAAUGUCUAGGAUAUCUGUCACUUUUCUGUACUGAGAGGCAUUUUUCCCAGGAAUCUAAAAGCUUCAUUGUACUAGUCACUAUAACACAAAUAGCUGUUGUGUAUAAUUAAUCAUGCGUACAAUUACAUUAUACAAAUACUUAUUGCAUACAUUGCAAACAUCAGAAUCUUUCAGAAUCAAACAUUUUUCA